GACACACAUCCGGCGACGUCAUAUCUUAUUUACUGUAGCAGCGACUCGAAGACACUUCUCUUAGUGUCUUAUCAAACAAAAACAUGUCCAUAUUCACCCCAACAAACCAGAUCCGGCUGACCAACGUCGCUGUGGUUCGGAUGAAGAAGGGCGGGAAGCGGUUUGAAAUCGCGUGCUACAAAAACAAAGUCAUGAGCUGGAGAUCAGGCGCAGAGAAGGACCUGGACGAGGUGCUGCAGACACACUCUGUUUUUGUCAAUGUUUCCAAAGGUCAGAUGGCGAAGAAGGAUGAUCUGGUGAAAGCGUUUGGAACAGGUGAUCAAACAGAAAUCUGCAAGCAGAUUUUGUCCAAAGGGGAACUCCAGGUGUCUGACAAGGAGAGGCAGAGCCAGCUGGAGGCGAUGUUCAGAGACAUCGCCACCAUCGUGGCGGAGAAGUGUGUGAAUCCAAACACUAAGAGGCCUUACACCGUCAGUCUGAUCGAGCGAGCGAUGAAGGACAUCCACUACUCUGUGAAGCCCAACAAGAGCACCAAGCAGCAGGCCCUGGAAGUGAUCCGGCAGCUGAAGGAGACCAUGGAGAUCCAGAGAGCCCACAUGCGGCUGCGGCUGGAGGUGCCGGCCAAGGAGGCCAAGAGGCUGAGGGAGAAGCUGAAGCCGCUGCUGCAGGUGGUGGAGAGCGAGGAGUUUGACGAAGAGCUGGAAAUGGUGGUUCUGGUGGAUCCCGGCUGCUUCAGGGAGAUCGAUGAGCUGAUCCGCUGCGAGACCAAAGGCCGAGGCUCUCUGGAGGUGCUGAGCCUGAAGGACGUGGAGGAAGGAGACGAGAAGCUUUAGGAGCUGAUUCACUUCUGAUUCACUAAAACUCCUACAGAGACACAGUUUAUUGUCCAGCUCACCUUAUUUCAGCCUUUAACGCAGCAGCUAUGUUUAAGAGAAACUCCCACUAAUCUUACUGCUGAAGAGUCGAUCCGAUAGCAGGCUUCAGCGUUCAGAUGUAAAACACUAAAGCCAGCAAUUAGCUCUGACCUUUAUGUUAUUAUUUAUUAUUUUCCUGUCCUAGUGCACAUCUUUGACUCCUUCCUUAUCUUCAUAGGCCCAGAAGUAAAUAUUUAACUCCAACAGUUAAUCCUUCUCUGCAGCUGGACAGAAAAAAAACCUGAUUGUUUUCUGUAGACGGGGAUUUUACUGACAUAAAAUAAUUAUAAAUAUACACACAAGCUGUCACUUUUCCUGGCAGCCCAAUAGAAAUAUGUCAAAUAAAUUAUUAUUUUUAUUAUUUCAGAGAAAAACAGUGUUUAAUAUAACAUUGAGACAUAAUUGUUUCAGAAAAUGUCACCUUAAAAAUAUGACUGAAGGUGUUUUUUUUUGUUUUUUUUAAGCCACUCUUCAAAAUGGGAAAGACUGGUAUACAUGGCAUUUAGGUUUGGUGAAAAUCAUAUUGGUGAUGAGUUUCCAUAGGAACCAUCUACUUCACAGCUUUUGUCCUACCAUCACAAACAGAAAUGGAGUGUUUGACGUUUUCUACGCUAGAGCUGUGUGAAAAAGAGGCUGAAUAUGUGGAAAAGCAACUCAGAUUCAUUUAAUAAGCACGGCGAAGGAUCUGUGAUGCUGUGGGUUUGUUUGCAAAAGUGUGACAUCAUAAACUCGAUAAAUAAAUGAAUGCCUUUAGACUGAAAA